UUCCUCAAAAUCUAAUUCGUCUGUGAAGUUGGCCGUCGCCGGAUGGAUCGACCACCGUCGUUUCCUCACUAUCAAAACCCUAAUCCCAAUUUCUCCUUCCAACCUCCUCCUCCUCCUCCUCCUCUGCAAAAUCUCAAAACUUUCUCCAUCCCUCCGUCGUCACCACCAAUCCACUCCAUCUCCAGUACACUCUCCUCUCUACAGUCCUUAUUGUCACAAUGCAAACGGACAUUAGAUUCUCUCUCGCAGAAUCUAGCUGUAGACCACUCGUCUCUUCCCGACUAUGCAGGUGGUUUUGUACGGUGCCCUUUUGAUCCUAAUCACCUCAUGCCACCAGAAGCCCUCUUCCUCCAUUCACUUCGUUGCCCAAAGCCUAUUGAUCUCACUCAUCUUCUUGGAUCAUUCACUAGUGAACCAGAGUUGAGUAAAGUGUAUGACUUCACAGGUUUUGGGGUCAACUUCUUCUACAAGGACUGCCCAGGCGUUGUUAGCUUCUCUGGGAUCGAUGGUAACAAGAAAAGUUUAACGCGUUCUAGUGUUCUGUCUGUGGAAUGCAGUGACUUUGAAGGUUCUUGUGAGAAAGAGAAGAAGAAGAAGAAGAAGAGUGUGUUUGAUAAACGGUUACGGCUCUUACCGUCUGAUGUCUAUGCAAUGAAAAUUGAGAUUGGGACAUGGAGAGAUUAUCCAAGUUCUUAUUCAUAUAAUGUUCUUUCUUCGAUUAUGAGUUUGGAAGCGGUUGAUAUGAGUGAGUUAAGUACAUGGAUUCUGGUGAAUUCGACUAGGUAUGGUGUUAUAAUUGAUACAUUCACGAGGGAUCAUGUGUUCUUGCUCUUUAGUCUGUGUCUGAAAGCCGUUGUUGAGGAAGCUAGUGGGUUUAUGAUAGAGUCUGGCGAGCAGCAGAUAUUGAGGUGGAGAAGUAGGACAUUCGAGUGUCCAGUUUUGGUUCGAGUCUUGUCCUGGUUAGCUUCUCAGCUGGCUGUAUUGUAUGGAGAAGGCAACGGGAAGUUUUUUGCUCUAGACAUGUUUAAACAUUGCUUUGAAGCGUCUGCCUCUCAGAUUAUGUUGUUUCGUUCACCUGAAGAUGCAAACUUCAGCAAUGAGGAUGUGAAGAGUGGGAAAGCUUUGGACACUGCUCAGGUGAUAUCUUUGUCUAGUGUUGAAGCAGCUGUUGCAGCAUUGUAUGAUCGAUCCAAGCUUGAAGGAAAAAUAAGAGCGAUUCGAUAUGCGCAACCACUAACAAGAUAUCAGCGGGUAGCUGAGCAUGGUGUUAUGACGGCUAAAGCUGAUGAGGAACGGAAGGCACGUCCUAACUACCGACCUAUUAUUGAUCAUGAUGGUCUUCCGAGACAAUGCUCAUCCAAUCAGGAUAUGAAUAAAAUGAAGACAAGAGAAGAGCUUAUAGCUGAAGAGAGAGAUUACAAGCGUCGAAGAUUGUCAUACCGUGGUAAAAAGGUUAAACGAACUCCUCGACAGGUGUUGAGGGAUAUGAUAGAAGGAUUUACAGAAGAAGUUAAGCUAGCAGGAGGUAUUGGAUGUUUUGAAAAGGGAAUGCCAUUACAGUCUUCGUCUUCUAUAGGCAAUGAUCAGAAAGAAAGUGUUUUAACAACAUUAACAGACGCAUCAGCAAGAGCCUAUAAGCAACGGGAAGGAGAGAACCGUGCAGAUAACGAGUAUACAGUGGAUAUUAGAACCAAUACAGAUAGAGGAAAGCGGUAUGAAGAAUAUGAUUCAGGCAGCUCACAGAGACAGCAAAGUUACAGAUCAGACAAGAGCAGUGAUCGAAGAGACGAUGAAUUCUUCACAAGGACCAGACGACGUAGCCACGAAAGGGAAUCGUAUCAUCAUCAAAACCACAGAUCAUCUCGUGAAAAGAGUUGUUCAAAUUACAAAACCAAAAGGGAUGAUGGUUAUGGACGCCGCAGUGGGGAACCUAGGAAGCAAAACUCUUUUGAAGAUAGAUACAAUCCAUUAGAAAGAGAUUGAAGUUUAAGAGAAGAGGAGCAUCUGCAGUUUUGUGUGAAUCCGUAUCCUCUUUUGUAUCCUUUAACCAUGAUUUUUUUUUUUACCUUCUUCUAUGCAUUUGAGUGUUGAUCAAAACCUUAUCUUUUGAUACUCAAGUUUCUAGCUUUUUCUCAAAGUCAUUUAGGCUUUUAUAGAUUCAGUGUGGUUACCACUCCUGUCUGUAUCAUUUUUCAGUGUUACUUUUCUCGUCCCAUUUUUGACAGAUAAGAUUGAACUUAAGUCAAAGUGUGUUCUUGCUAUCAUCAACAAGCCAUGAGCCAUAUGAUUGCUGGGAAGAAAUGAGAACUCCACAAGCAGAACCGGGCUUGACCCUUACAAUGGUAAGAAGGUCAAACGAACUGCCUGUGAUAAUAAUCACAGUUGUUAGUGUUGCGAAUGCUUCCCUGCAGAAAGUUUGGGAUGUUGCUCUAUAAUCAUACGUACUUUCAUGUAUAUAAGACAAUUCUAAUUAGCAAUAAACUUAAAUUGAGUUUUCUCAA